AUGAAUUAAUUGGGCGUUCUUCUUCUACUUGAUUCACCAGAGAAUUUAUAAUUCGGAAUUGAUAAUUCUCAAUGGAUAGUCGGAAAGAAAUUCAAAGGAAUUCAAGGUAUACCCUUUGGAACCCAUUAUGUUCAUUAUUCAUUAAAGGAAGAAGGCUAUUAAUUUAAGUAAGGAUUCUUCUUCAUUGUUUCACCAGAAAACAAAUACUUGGUAAAGUAAUGGAAUAGUGAAUUACAAGAAUUUCUUACUUUCAAAGAUUGUGCACCAUAUAUUCAUACUUUAGAAAUGCAUGACUUUGAUUUAUAUUUAGGAGUUUAUCCAAUGGAUAAAUAUGAAAUAUGGAAAUUAUGUGUGAAUAUGAUUAAUAGAAAGGUCUUAGAUAAAUUGGACCCUAUAAAAAAUAUAUGUGUUGAAGAAUACAAUGAUAAAGACAUAGGAAAUAACACUCCUUUACAUACUACAAUCUAUUAUACUGAUAUACCUAAAUUAAAGAAUCCAAGUAAAUCUCAGGGAUAAUAAUUGACUGCCUUAAAUUUUGAUAAAUCAACAAUAGUAGAAGAAUUAUUGAAAUCAGAAUAUCAAAAUGAUUAUAAUUUAUUUUUGGGAGAAAUCUAAUAUGCAUUUGUUAAAUUUUUAUUGGGGGAACAUUUUGAAUCAUUUGAAUAAUGGAAAUAAUUAUUAAUUUUAAUAACAUCAUGUGAAAGAUUGAUAGAAGAAUAAACUAAUAUGUUUAUUGACUUCAUACCUAUAUUUUAUCAUUAAUUACAACAAAUGCCUAAUGAUUUUUUUGUUGAUCCCAUUAGUUCAAGUAAUUUCAUUUAAUCAUGUAUUAAAAAUAUGAUCGAAUUAUCAUAAAAUGAUAAUCCAACUAUCAUUAGAUAAAAAGUAUUCUAAUAUAAUAAUAUUUAGUUAAUACAAAGAUGCAAUAAAUUAAAAGAAUUAAUUAAAAUUAAAUUUGUAUAAAAUGCUGUUUAAAUGGAUGAUGAAGAUGAACCAGUUGUAGUUGAAGACUUCAAUUUUAUUUAACUAUGA